AUGGUCCGCAUCCUCAUCACCGGCUCCGCCGACGGCUUCGGCCUGGAAGCCGCCCGCCAACUCGUCCAGCGCGGCCACACCGUCUACCUGCACGCACGCAACCAAGACCGCGCCGCCCACGCCCAAGCCGCCUGUCCCGGCGCCGCGGGAGUGUUGGUUGCCGACCUCAGCAACCUCGAAGCAACGCGCCAGUUGACCGAAGAAGCCAACGCCAUCGGCACAUUCGACGCGGUGAUCCUCAACGCGGGAAUGCUCUCCGGGCCCUUCCGCAAAACCCCGGAUACCGGCAUCCCAGCCAUGGUGUUUGUCAACGUCGUGGCGCCGUAUAUCCUUGCCUGCUUGCUGCAUCGCCCGAAACGGCUGAUCAUCAUAUCCUCGCAGUUGCACCGCAGUGCCCGGAAUACUACCGUGGAGGAUAUUUUCUGGCUGAAGCGCGGCGAGCGCACCUUCCAGGAUUUCCAGGCGUAUUGUGAUUCGAAGUUUCAUGUUAUGUUGAUUGCGAAUGCAUUUGCGCGAUUGUGGAAGGGGACGUCGAGUGUGAUUUCUGUGCAUCCGGGGUGGGUGGCUACCAAGUUGGGGGGUGCGGGGGCGCCGGAUCGGUUGGAGGAUGGGGUCGAGACGUAUGUCAUGCUGGCGGAGGGGGAGUAUGACCAGAGUAUCACGGGGGCGUACUUUGAGCCCAAGAGGAAGCGCGGUACUGCUCUUCCGGCCACGGAAGACGUUGCGCUUCAGGGGAAAGCUGUGAGAGCCUGUGAGGAGGUCACGGGCUUGAAGAUGCCGGCUUAGCGAGGCCUUGGCUUCUCUGGCUUGCUGUUCGUAGGAGAAUGUAUUAUAUAUUAUAAUACUUAUAGCAUAAUCCAGCUGUGAAAGGCUAUUCCUCAAUUACCUUAACAAAAAUCCUCUUCGGCUUGCGUGUUACCAACAUGCAUAAAACAUGUUUUGAGGGGAAUGCCGGUAGAAAACCUAUCUAAGACUCGCCACGGACUUGAGGUUCUUGGAGUAAAGUGCUGGCAUUAAGUCGUAGUGCUGAUUCACUCGAAUGCUCUGAGAGUCCUGUGAUAGUAUCAGAAUAAGCUAGGAAUACCUGUCAAGACUGAAAGAGAAAUUAAUUGCCAAUUUGCACUAGAGUACUGUAAUUCUUGAUAGCUUGGCUGCCG